AUGCGCGCGUCCGCCAGCGCACCCGCGCUCCACGAUGCGGGCAGCAAGCACGUCGACGGCCGCGCGCGGCGCGGCUCCGUGGGCCUCGCCGGCGGCGCCGCGCCCGGCCGCGCCCGGCGCGGGUCCGUGGGCCUCGCCGGCGCGCCGACGGCGGGCCACGCGCGGCGCGGCAGCAUCGGCGUCCCCGGCGCGUCGGAGGGCGAGGGCCGGCGCCAGUCCGUGGUCACGGGCGUCGACGACCCGUCCGGCGCGCUGCGCGCCGCGGCCAAGAUCGGCACGCGGCGCAAGUCCGUCGUCGAGGACUCGGGCGCGCUCGCGGCGGCGCGCCAGCUCGGCGAGGAGCGCGGCGUCGGCACGGCGCGGACCUUCGGCACCUUCUCGCGCGGCGGCCGCUACGGCAAGGGCGGCUGGGGCGCGGAGGCCGUCGCCGCGGAGCCGCUCGGGGUCCUCGACGCGCUUUUCCAGCUCAAGGCGCCCGUGACCGACGA